UUUGACUGUUAAAUGACUGGACUGUGAAAUGACCUCAAAAAUUAGGGGAAAUUUAAGUUUAGGAAAAGAAGUUGUAGGAGAAUAGGCUUGAAAGAAAGUUGGAAAGAAAGUUGCUGGAAAAAAGUUUGAAGAAUGUUUGUAGAAAGGUUGAGAAAAGUUUGGGAGAAGUUGAAGAAAAGUUGGAAAUAGGCUGAUAAGAAGUUCGAAAUAAGUUGGAGAAAAGUUGAAACAAAGUUCGAAAAAAGUUAAUAGUAAAAGUUGGGGAAAAGUUGGUAAAAAUUUCCAUCUUUUAUGCUUGAAUAACUUUUAGCUGACUUUCUCAAGGCUAAAAUAGGGAGGCCGGUAAAUACCUUUAAGUAAUAUGACAGACGCGCAUUUUAAGCAAAAAAACAAAUGAAGCAUAUCAAGGAAAUAUAUUAAGAAAAUAUUUUUUUGAAAAAAAUAUUUUUGUUGGCAAUAGUUCUCGAAAAUAUUUUACUUUUAUUUUCUUAGAAAUAAUAAACUUAUUUUUUAUUUUUUUAUUUUUUUGUUUCGAAAAUGUUUCCAAAAUUUUUAUUUUUUUAUUAAAAAUCUUCUCAUAAUCUUUUAAGAAAUAAUUUAAAAAUAAAAUGAAAAUUCCAAAAAUUCAACUUGUUCAAGAACCCUCACAAGAAGAUAUUGAAAAUGUUGAGAAAAGCACAAAAAUAUUAAUUGGAACUUGUGGAUCCAAUCCAGACGAGUCAUCCUCACUUCUCUCAUCGGGAACAUCUUCGCGUUGUUCUUCCCCACCACACGCUUCUUUUGCUGCUGGAAAUAAUCAAAAUCCAAAAGAAGUAGAGGAAGAGGAACACCAAAUAAUUGCUGGAGAGCGUGUUCCCUUAAUGCAACAAUCACAUUUUUUAACCCCAGAAAGUAGCCAUCAACAACAACAACAACAAAUGACUGGUACUGGUAGUGGUGCUGGAAGUCCUAGUUAUUUUCUUACUCCAAGUGCUUUAAACACUCCUAGGCAUAGUCAAUCUGGAGGGCGUCCAAGAAUGGGGAGACGUUUUACUUUGAAUCCGUUGAUAUUUGCAAAGGAAGAAAGAGAAAUGCGACGUCAAUCACUUGCCCAACUCAAACUUUCUUAUUACCCAAAAGGUGCUGGUGAUUAUGAUGGAGAUACUAGCAGUUGGUUAUGUCAAUGGGGGUUUUGGUUUUUGGGUUGGCUAAUUGUUUUGGCUACUUUCCCAGUUUCUGUCUGCUUUUGCCUUAAAGUUGUUAAAGAAUAUGAGAGAGCUGUUAUAUUUCGGUUGGGAAGGCUAAUUGGUGGAGGUUCGAAAGGACCAGGCAUUUUCUGGGUAAUGCCUUGUAUAGAAUCUUAUGUUCGAGUUGACUUGCGCACUGUUUCCUUUAGUGUGCCUCCUCAAGAAAUUCUUACUAGAGACUCUGUUACUGUCUCAGUUGAUGCUGUUGUAUAUUAUAGAAUAAUGAAUGCAACUGUUAGUGUUGCCAACGUUGAAAAUGCGCAUCACUCUACUCGCUUAUUAGCUCAAACUACAAUGAGAAAUAUGCUUGGAAUAAAAACUUUGGCAGAAAUUCUCUCAGAUAGGGAUUCAAUAGCUUUGACAAUGCAGACACUGCUAGAUGAAGCAACCGAUUCUUGGGGAAUUAAAGUGGAACGAGUAGAAAUAAAGGAUGUACGGCUUCCACUGCAGUUACAAAGAGCAAUGGCUGCUGAGGCUGAAGCAACACGAGAAGCUAGAGCAAAGGUAAUAGCGGCAGAAGGCGAACAAAGAGCAAGUAAUUCUUUAAAAGAAGCGGCUACAAUGCUAGCUGACUCACCUGCAGCUUUACAAUUAAGAUUUUUACAAACUUUAAAUUCUGUGGCUGCUGAGAAAAAUUCUACAAUUAUUGUGCCAAUACCUGUUGAAAUUAUUCGUCAUUUUUUGUCAAGAUAA